AUGAUUAACUUCAACAAAGGUCUGGCGCCCGAAGACUAUCAUCUCAUAGGGUUCUCGUUGGGCGCACACGUGGCCGGAUUUACCGGCAUGGAAAUUAGCAAUAUUAGCCGCAUCACUGGUCUCGACCCCGCGGCUCCACUAUUUGAAGGAUAUCCAUCGCGGGUACGACUGGACCCGACGGACGCCAACUUCGUGGACGUGAUUCACUCAAACGGCGACAGUUUCCUGCGCGGAGGUCUCGGCUCGUUCGCCCCCAUGGGUCACGUGGACUUCUACCCCAACGGGGGUCGGGUGCAGGUGGGCUGCAAUUCGGUGUUUAUGGGCGCCCUAUCGGACAUCAUAUACGGCAAGUGGAACAGUCUGUGUAACCAUCGCCGGGCGUUUCGCUUCUUCAUCGACUCCAUCAUCAAGACGUGUACUUUCCGGGCCUUCGCCUGCGAUACCUACGAGAACUAUCUGCGCGGCGACUGUUUCGGGUGCGGCCCCACCGGCACCCAGUGCUCCAAUAUGGGCUACUUCUCCCAUAAGAGCAAUGGCCGUGGCGCCAUGUACCUGGUCACUCGCGAGAAUGAACCUUUUUCAAAUCAAUUCAAGAUACGUGUAAUCAGUACGACAGGUCAGGGCAGCACUUGGGGUAAACUUGAGAUAUUAUUUGUGGCCAAAGAUGGUAAAAAUGAGACAUUUGUGUUGACCAAUGAGGCCGACGAGAUCAAGGAUACGGGAUUUAUACAGGGUCUAGUAGUGGCGCACCCGAACAUCCAUAACGUAACCCAUGUUAUGCUAACGUAUACUAAAUACAAGGGCUGGAUAUAUAGCGGUAAAGAGCACUGGAAUAUCGAUAAAAUUGAAUUAAUUAAUAGCGACGGAGAUAUAUUCACGUAUUGCGGUUACGGCACAAAGUUGGACAACUCUGUGAGCCAUCAUUUGCCACUACAGGCGGGCAACUGCACGGCCACAAUGCCGGCGCCCUCGACCACAGCCAUCACUACGGCAGCCGCAGCCCUACAGCCCCAUCGUAUAGCCAAACUGUUCUGGCAAGUGGUCGGCUCACCCAUUAAGGGCUCGCAACCAAAGCCACCGAAAUUAUUUUGGAAAAUACUUAUCAAUGAACAGCCGGACGCUAUCGACGAUCCGGUGGCCGAGAGAUACUUUUGGUCACCCUAUGUCUGA